CUAGAGGCAAAAGAGUUAGUUAUUGAUCCUAAGGAACUAGCCUAUCCUGUAAAAGCACCAAAAGAAAGGACAGUGUAUUGUGUAAUAUCUGUGAUGUCUGCUAUUGUCAAGAGAGAAGAGUUUUUAGUAAAUGCUACUGGUACUAGAUGUACAGAAUUGAAGGAGAUUCUACCAGAUGAAUCAUUAUCAGAUAUUAGUAGCCUGUCACUAUUAGGAGGACGUGAUAUUGAGGAAGUGAUUGAAGAAUUCAAGACACCACUGAGGUCCCCAAUAAAGCUAGAUUUUACAGAUCUUGUUACUAUCAUCGAAGAGCUAACAACAUUCAAUCAAAUGGAUUGUACUAAAUGGUUUCAGUUUGGACUACAUUUAGGAUUAUAUGAUCCUAGACUAAAGGCUAUAGAAGCUGACUAUAGGGGAAAGACAGUGGAGUGUUUCCGUGAGUGUAUGUCUGCCUGGUUAAGAGGAGAAGAUGGAGUGAGAGAGAAAGGAGGUCCCAGUUGGUCAUCAUUAGCUACAGCACUAGAUACAAUAGAAGAGAAAUCUAUUGCUAGUUACAUUAAAAAUAAAUAUUGUCCAUCAAAAUAGUUGAUUGACUAGUUAAAAUGUUUAACUGUUUUAUUUCUUAUUCUGUGAUUUAAAGAUAACUACAUUAAG